UUGCAUCUCAUUUUAGACUUGUAAGUUGUGUGAAAUAGGAAUGAGGAAUUAUAACUUGCAUUUUCAUUGGUACGUACCUUUUGGCUGGGAAGGAUUGGAAUUCAGCAGCAAAUUUGGGCCCUCAAAUGCGUGGAAUCUUUCCUUUCGUCCGGAUGCGACACUAAGCCAGCGAAGAAAACGCUUAUGUCUAUGCAGACAAAGGGGUGGGUUAAAAAUCCAGUUAGAAGGUUACCUAAUUACAAAAUCACAAGGCUUCAUAAAUUUCGAAGCUUCUAUGGACCAGCUAAGCACUUUCGUUUUUCUUCCAAUACUUUAUAAUAGGCUUGUGAUUCAGAGAGAUUCUUAUGUUACAAUUGAUUUCCAAGUGACCGAAAGGAAAUCUUCCGAGGAAGAAACUGAUGUAAAUGUAAAAGUUGGGCAGACUGAUACCGAUUUCGAUAUGCUAGAUGAAUCAGACAAACUCCCCACGAUGCCUGAUGUGACCUCUUUAUCCCUUUUAUCACGGGAUAUGCAGACAAUGUACCAAAAAAGACAUCAAUCCGACUUCACACUAAUCUGUGGCUCCAACAAGAUUCAAGUUCAUAAGUGCAUUCUUUCAGCCAGAUCUCCAGUUUUUGCAAGCAUGUUCCAACAUGCUAUGACUGAAAGAGCAGAAAAGAGAAUGAUUAUCCCCAACAUCGAUGCCCUUGUGUUGGAUCAGCUUGUCCUGUUCAUGUAUACUGGACGCAUAAACGAGCUUUCUUAUCCCAUGGCACGAGACCUGUAUUCUGCAUCCGACCAGUACGCUGUUCUGCAGCUGAAAGAUAAGUGCAGCGAGUUUCUAAUUUCGUCGCUCUGUACUUCGACAGCUGUUGAGGUAUUAAUUUUAGGGGACAUGCAUAACGAUAUUAUGCUCAAAAAUGCUGCCACUAGUUAUAUUUCCGACAAUUUUGAUGAGCUGAAUACUACCGAAGCAUGGCUUACGCUUGUAAAAGAGCGUUCCCCUUUGGCAAUUGAAGUUUUAUCUUCGGCAGUGACUCAAGCCAAAUCGGAAUUUCAGAACAGAAUCUAAUUAAUUGUUUACGUAAUAAUUAAUUAAGGCUUUUUAAUAAUUCAUUCAGUGUGCUGUUGAAUGCUAUUCUAUAUACUACAAUUUUGCUCUCCAGUGCUUUCUAUUGAAUACUUUUACAUGUCCAAAAUACAUGUAAUGGUUUAUCUUAAAGAACAAAAGAGUCAUCUUGACAAUAUUAUUCCCUAAAAUGGUUAGUAGUUAUACAUUUAGUUUUUAUGUAAAAAACUGUUGAUACAUUUUUAUAAAUGAACUAUUGAUUUUCAGAAAA